CUCUUGCGCGUCCAUUGCAAAAAAAAUUCCUGCACAGAGUUUUGCGUGGUUGCGUCGUUAAAAUACAAAAGAUAAUAAAUAUGAUAUCGUAAUGCCGCGGGAACCAUCAUAGUUGUGUGAAAAGUGUACCAAUUAGUCAACCGCGACUCGUCAAGUUUCUCCGCGGCGCGGCUUCUUUUCGUUUGGUUUUUUUUUUGCACCCAAGCCCAAGCCAAAGUUGCGCCACUCACACUCCUCUCCUACUUUUGCGGCCCUGCCGAGAAUUUGCAACAAAAUGUCUCUGGAUGGCGCUAAACUGCGGUAUGUGGACGAAAGCGGCUUGCCCGUGAUUUUGGCGGCCAAGGGACGUACCUUCCAAGUGGGCUCGUAUCUGAGCUGUGACCUGGUCCUGGAAGGGCCCCAGGUGGAGGAGGUGAUAUGCGAAAUUAAAUGCGACGCCUUCGGCAGGGUAACCAUCAACAACAAAUCGAGCAAGCAGCCCAUCCAACUGAACGACAAGAUUGUCACUGGCAAGCGGCCGCUGCUGCAUGGCGCACGCAUAACCAUACUCAAUAAGGUCUACACUUGGGAGUUCCCCAAGAUCUCCGAGGCGGAGGAUGUGCCGCGCACGCCGGAACGUCUGUCGCCCAUUGAGCAGGUCUCCAACUCCUGCCCAUCCCUGAAGUUGCAUUCCCAUCGUCCUCAGAUCGACAAGCGUUUGACCGUGCACAACUUUCGCUACUGCAUCAAUUCGGAUGACGACGGCAACACGUCGAUAGAGUCGCGUGACCAAAGCGAUGCCCAUGUAGAGGCCGAUGAGAGCCAACGCUGCAAGACGCCGCCAAAUGCAGACGACGAGCCGGCGGCAACAGCGUGCCAGAGUCCGAAAGUUGAUCUUUUGGAUGCCACGCAAAACAAAGAGAACACAGCCACCCCACCAGCCAGUCACAAGAAACUACUGAAGCUCUGCGCUCUCUCCGAUGUGGUCAUCACCUCGUUUUCCCCCCGAGAAACUGGCGUCAAGACGGAGAAGUCAUUUACAUGUAUCCGAAAACCCAACACGGCGACAGUCUCCACGCCCAAGAGCGUCUACAGCACGCCGAAGAGUGUGCUAUCGGAGCUGAAUGAGGACAGCUGCAGUCGAGAUCUGCUCGACUUCAGCACACCAUCCACAUCGCAGAAGGCCCGACGGGAGACCUCCAUGCAUCUCAUCGACCUAACAACACCACAAAAGCUGCGUCUGACGAUCAAGCAGACGCCCAUCAGUGUGUCCGACAGCGCCGAUGAAUCAUCAGAUGUCUCUCCGCUCGUCAUCGACAUUACCAAAUCGGAAACGCCGCCAUCUCCAGCGUCGUCGCGUCAAGUGCCCAAGACACCGAAGCGACUGGCGGCUGGCGCUACCCCCAAACGGACGCCACAAUCUCUAAUGAAACGGGCUCUUCUGACGAGCACCAAGAAGCAGAUUGCUGCCAAUCGUGUGGAGGCAACCACACCUGUGGGCAUCUCCAAGCGAACAUCUAUGUUGGAGGCGCGUCGUCAGUGCCUUACCACGCCCCGUCGCCUGCCCUUCCAUCCACAGAAACGUACCCCUGCCCAACGAGCCGCAGAUCAGGCGAAAGCCAAGACACCCAGUACCUCGCCUCGCAAGCGACCGUCUCUGUUCUUUGUCAGUCCCCGGGAGAACAAACUUUCGCAAAUGAGAAAGUCCCUGGCGGUGGCCAGGCGCAGUCCCAAUGUGGAAAGGAGCAACAAGUUGGUGGCCAAGGCUCGACGCUCUCUCUGUAACUCGCCCAGGGACGGUUCCCCCAAGCCAGGGUCACCCAGGAUAGGGUCACCCAGGCAUGAAUCGCCUAAGCCAGCCUCGCCCAUCAACCGAUUGAUGCUACAAGUGAGCGAAGUCGAUGAGAAGGCAUUAAAUGUAUCUAAAAACAAGUGCUCCACCCCGGAGAAACUUGACGAUUCCGAAGAUGAACUGAGCCGCACUUUUACCAUCAAGGAUGAUGAUGAUGACGAAUGCGUAGCAGAGCCAAAGGCAGCAAAUGUCAUGGAAGACAGUUUAAAGGGUCCACCGGUAGAUUCACCAGUCUCCAGUGAUCCAGUGGAGGAGAUUCGCAUCAUCGAUGAUAGCAUAUGUGAAGAGGUUCACGUAGAUGUGCCCGAGAAAAUCGAAAACGAAGGUGCGGUUGUAAUUGAGGACAGCAUUUGCGAAGAGGUGCCCACAGAUCCGAAAGCUCAGGUGGAAGAGUCUUCGGAGAAUUCGGAAACAAAUAAAGAGAACGAAGCUUCCGCUGUAAAACCCUCGCCAGUUGAGCAGCCGGUUAAGGGAAUGGAAAAAGAAGCUGUACCCCUGCCUCGAAGGAGUUCGCGCCGUCUCUCCGCUGACCAGAGAAUUGUGGCCACUACUCCGCGACGCAGCACUCGCCGCGCUUCUGUCGAAGUCAACAGCGAACAGGCUGGAAUCAGUCAACGCACGCGACGCGCCUCAUUCUCAUCAGUUGAUACCCAGGCCUUGGCUACGCCCACGCGAAAGCGUCGCCUGACCGAGGACAUGGGCACGCCAACCAGGAAGUCAAAGCGACUGCUAAACACGCCCAAGCGAGCCAAUUUAGUCGAUGAAUCUGUCGGCGAUAUGGGCGUUAUUGUGGAGGAAACUGCCCCGGCAGAUGAAGAAAAGGCGGCCACUGAAGAUGAAGAUUAUGGCACAGAACUGGCCAUGGAUGAGCCCGACAAUGUGGACUACCACGGCCUGAGAGAUAUGCUAAAGACCCCCAAAAACUGCAGCACGCCGCUGUUCAAGGGAUUGCGGGAACUGAUGCAAACACCCAGGAUGCCUGCUUCGCCCAUUCUGGGCAACAUUGAGGAGCUGUUGGAGGCCUCUGACAGUGUCUCACAGACACCCCGCAGGAGCAGGCGGAGAGGACCAGCGGAAGAUGCGGAGGGCACGGAUCUCGCCAAGAUUCUGAAGACACCCAGCGCCAAGAAUAUUAUGGUACCCAAUGAGCCAGCCAGUACGGUGUUGCACUCUCGCAAGGAUUACACCAGGGACUCGGUGGUGUUAAGGUACGAUUUGAGCGUUGGAGGGCUCACCCUGCCCUUGGACAAUAUAUUUAACGAUGUCCCCAGCACGUCCGUUGCACACGCAGAGGACACUGAAACCGAAAUCAAUGUGACGACCGUGAGCACGGCGACUGAUGCCGAUCCCCUGGCUGUCUCCAAGCAGAACGAUUCGGUCUCGUCGGAGGGUCUGAUGAAUUUGAGUUCGGCGCCGACAUACAGCAAGACUGCGACGACCAGCACCACAUACAAGGCUGCCAUCAGGGCGGACCUGGAGCUUAGCACCCUGACUGAGGAGGGAAAUGAUCCCUCCAGGCCCACAUCGCCAAGCGUCAACGAAAUAAGCGGCAUACAGCGGCUGGAUCAGACCUCGGACUCGAUGUUCUCAGAUCCUCCCAUAGUGUCUGCUGUUGUCUCGGCUGGCGUGACCGUGGAGGAGACAAAGGUUCAGCCCAUUCGUUCACCAUCUGUCCCGAUCCCGAAUGAUGAUCGCUCUGACACUGACUCAAUGAUUGGCCUGAGUGAGCCCUUGGUAUUCAGCGAUGAUGAGGAUUCUGCACUGCAAGGGACAAUCGCAGAAGCAAAGAAGGAAGAAAUCAGCGGUAGAUCCAAUGAAGAUCCCAUCGAAUACGCUGCCACAGACGCAUCCGAUACAAAUGGCAAAGAGAUGCCCAAGUCUGUCGAGGAAUCCAUUGGAGACGUCACACAAACUGUUCAGUCUUCAGUUGAUGAGAUUUCUUUGAUUGAAGUACAAGAUAUCACGGCUGAAAGCAGCAUCAAUGCCAGAAAAUCCAGCGAAAACCAAGAACCAGCACAGGCUAAAGAAACGGAUGCCUCUUCUGUUGUGGAGGCGACAAACCCGGAAUCUGAGACCUAUCCUCUGGACUCUACAAUCGAGUAUUCGGCCAUUGAAUUGAAUGUCACAAGCUGUAGCUCGGUAGAUCAGCGGGAAUCAGCGGCUACUCUAGUGGCUAAUAAGGAAGUUCCAGCUUCCACACCUGGAGUAACAGAAGAUGCAGCAUCGUCACCCAGUGAGUUGAAAGAGGAGAGAGCAGCUGAAAAGUCAGAGGUCGAGGUCGAAUCGUCAGCCAAUGAUUUGCUAGAAGAAAGCACCACGGACGAGUGCACUCAAAGGGAACCAGUGGAAGAGCCUUCAGAGAAGAAAUUACGCAUCCAGCAGGCUCCAGAGGAUUCAGGUAGAGACACAGACGAACAGGAGAAAGUAACUUGUUUAGAAUCUCCAGUUGAAAAUAGUUUGGAUGUCAUUGAGCAAACGCCAGAAGCAAAAAAAACGCCUGCCGACUUGUCUUUGGUUGUAGAAGGAACUGAGGAACAGGAUAUUAAGCAUGUUUCCGCUGUGGUAAACGCAGUUCAAAAUACAUCCGAAGAUCCUCAGAUGUCCCAUGAAACGGCUAUAAACACGGAUAACGGAGCCGUAAAAUUGGAAGAUGCAAGUGCGCCUAAACCUGCUGAAGAACCAGAAAGCGAAGCGCCUCCUGCAGAGUCUUCAAGUGCACCAGCAACAGAAGACCAUAACCUGAAAGAUGACUCAAAUGUAGUGGACAUUACACAAGAAAUCAGCAUAGCUGAGCAACAAGAGGAAGCUGAGACACCACCUGAAGAUGUGAAAAUUCAAUUGGAUGCGUUCAGCAUUAUAGAAAAUGUUGACGAAGAGCCCAUCAUCGAUCGACCGCAAGAAGCUGAAGCAGAUCCAACCGAAGAAUCUUCAGAGCACGUAGCCCCAGAGGAAUCUUUGAUUGAAGAUGUACCAGAUCAAUAUUUGAUUGAAAAGAAUCCAGAGGAAGAGGUUCCAGAUGAAUCUUUGAUUGACGAUGUACCAGAGAAAUCUUUGAUUGAAAAGGGUCCAGAGGAAUCUUUGAUUGAAGAGGUUCCAGAUGAAUCUUUGAUUGACGAUGUACCAGAGAAAUCUUUGAUUGAAAAGGGUCCAGAGGAAUCUUUGAUUGAAGAGGUUCCAGAUGAAACUUUGAUUGACGAUGUAACAGAGAAAUCUUUGAUUGAAAAGAAUCCAGAGGAAUCUUUGAUUGAAGAGGUUCCAGAUGACUCUUUGAUUGAAGAGGUUCCAGAAAAAUCCCUGAUUGAUGACGUUCCAGAAGAAUCUUUGAUGGAAGAUGUACCAGAGGAAUCUUUUAUUGAAAAGAAUCCAGAGGAAUCUUUGAUUGAAGAGGUUCCAGAUGACUCUUUGAUUGAAACGGUUCCAGAAAAAUCCCUGAUUGAAGAUGUACCAGAGGAAUCUUUGAUUGAAAAGGAUCCAAAAGAAUCUUUGAUUGAAGAAGCUGCAAAGAAAUCUUUGAUUGAAAAUUUACCAGAGGAAUCAAUGAUUGAAGAGGCUCCAGAAGAAUCUUUGAUUGAAAAGGAUCCAGAGGUAUCUUUGAUUGAAGAGGUUCCAGAUGAUUCUUUGAUUGAAGUAGUUCCAGAACAAUCCCUAAAGGAAGAUGAUCCAGAAGUAUCUCUGAUUGAAGAUGUACCAGAGAAAUCUUUAAUUGAAAAGGAUCCAAAAAAAUCGUUGAUUAAAGAAGCUGCUAAGGAAUCUUUGAUUGAAAAUUUACCAGAUGAAUCAAUGAUUGAAGAGGCUCCAGAAGAAUCUUUGAUUGAAGCUGUUCCAGAAGAUUCUUUAAUUGAAGAGGAUCUAGAGGAAGCUAUGAUUAAAGAUGUACCAGAGGAAUCUCGGAUUGAAGAGGCUCCAGAAGAAUCUUUGAUUGAAAAUGUGCCAGAGAAAUCUUUGAUUGAAAAGGAUCCAGAGGAAUCUGUGAUUGAAGAGGUUCCAGAGGAAUCUUUGAUGAAAUCGAUUCAAGACGAUUCCAUUGCAUUGGAAACAACUCUAGAUGAGAUUCGCUCUGAGGAUCAGCAGACGAAUGGCCCCACCCAAAAGGACAAAUACGAUGUGGCCCCACUGAACGUGGCUGGUAAUGCUGAAACAAACGAUAAGCCUGCAGCUGGUGUGGAGAUCGCCAACACGGAAACUGACGCAGCAAAGGAACCAACUAAUCUUGAUGAAUCAGCUGCAGUGGAUCUUACGCAGGAUAUAAGUAUACUUGAGGAACAGCAGGAUAAAGAGGAAGAUGAGGUUAUUCAAUUAGAUGCCUCAAACCGUUUGGAAGAUGUUUCCAUUGUCGAGGAAAUGCCGGAGCCUGAAGCAGCACCAGCCGAAGAAUAUGCAAAUAAAAAUAUCAAAGGUGAUGCCAAUAAAGAAGAUACAAAGCCAGUUAACACAACCAGAAACAAGAGUCCAAGUGGAGGUCAACAGAGCAAUGGACAGGACGUGGAAACAGCGCCUUCUGAAGCUGCCGAGAAACCUGCUUCAAGCGAUGAAUCUUUAAUCGAACAACCACAAGAGCUUUCCCUUCUGGAAGCAUCGAAACACAUGGAUAUCCCUGAUGUCGUAAACGAUGCAGAGAAAUCCUCAACGCAAGAACCUGCUAGGGAGAACGGAAAGAACGAAGAAGUCAGCCAAUUAGAUGCCUCCAACGCUUUUGAAGAUGUGGAGGAAAAUCCAGAAGCUCGCAAGCCACCAAGCGAUGAAGCCCCUGACGCAGUUCAAGAAGAGAUCGCAGCCCAUGAAACGGAGACAUUGCCCACGGAAGAGUCUUUAUUGCAGAGAAUUGACAAAUCGACAAACGAAGACAAACUAAUUCCAGUGGAUGCUUCGAGCAAUGCAGACACCCACAUGCCCGACAUUCAGCAUUCACUUUCUGGAAACACUGCUGCGGUCUCUGCUGAGGAGCCAGAAGCAACAGCGACAGCCGCAGUCAUCGAGCUACCCAAUGAAAGCGAGAAAAAGUCCACAUCCGAUACAGAAGUCGUCCCAGAAGAAACUCUAACCAACGAAGUAGCCGCUGUUCAAGAUGAUUCUACUCCCGAGGAAGCUUCUGUUUCGGAAACAACUCCAGAUGAACAAAUAGUCCAAGAUAAGAUUGCUGUAGCACAAGAGCUGGAUAUUCAACAAAAAACUGAAACCAAAACGGAAAGCGAACUUGAACCACAAGUUGAUCCCAAUUCUGUUGGGGAGGAACUGACUCAAUCAUCACCUGAGAGAGAAGAGAAAACAUCAGAGACUAAUGUGGAAUCCUCCAAGGAACCUUGCAUUAGUACCCCAACUUCCAUCUCUGAGGAAAGCACACCUCCAGUUGCAGUUGAGGAGCCUGUACAGGAUCCAGAACCAGAAAAAGGAGAGAAAUUCGCUGCAAUUCGACCAGCACCCAUCGUGGUGGAAAGCAUUCCUCCAGCUGCAAUUGAAGAGCUAUCGGAACCCUCUCAGUCAACAUCACAGAAAGAUGAGGUGACAGCUGGGAUUCGAUCAGAGUCUUCUAAGGAACCUAUUCCCAAUGCUCGAAUUUCCAUCGAUGACGAAAGCACACCUUUAUCCACCGAGGAAAUUCAAUCAGUUUCCUCAACGUCAGAGUCUGAAGAAGUAAUCGAUGAGACGCCCACAAAUCAGUCCAUAAUCGGUUCGAAUGCUACAAAUAUUCUGGAGAACAGACCUCCAAUUACAGGUCACAGUGCGAGCGACGAGAUUCAAAUAAUAUCAGACGACAGUCAGUCAGAGUCAACCCCAAGGAACGAAACUUCUAGCCAAGAUGAUGAGGAUGAGGAUGAUGAAGAAGAUUCUGUGGGAUUGCUCGAACAAGCCGAGCCUGUGAAUCUGCAAGUGGAGAGGAGGGAAACCACUACCACAGUGUUCCCCUCUAAAGUCCAAAUGGAUGAUGUUGUGAUUGAAUUGAGCGACUCAAACUCGAGCCACGCUACGCAGGAAAAAAUCCCAACACAAACGGCAACGGCCACACCCGUGAAAGCUGCAACAGAGGCACCAGCAGUGGAUCAACCUUCGUCUUCUGGUGCUCCUGAUCCUGCAGUGGAAACUAAAGUUCCAGUCGCAGCCCCAAGCACCAAGUCCCCAACUGAAAUGAAAUCUGCCUCAGAGGGUGCCGAGAUCAGUGCUGAAAUCGUACCCGAGACGAAGGCGGUAGUAGAAACGGCAGCCAAGCAGGAGUCAAAAAUGGAAACAGGACCGAGACAAAAGGACGUGCACUCGCCCGCUAAGGAGGAGUUACUGCCUUCCGCCAGUAGGAGGGUGACCAGAAAGGGCUCGUCCGUGGAGAGAACGGCGGCGACCAUCGAGUCGGAGAGGCCACGGAGGCGGGGCCGCAAACCGACCGCCGAGGAACCACCGAUCAUCGAGCAAAAGGAAGCAGACAUGGAUACGGUCAAGAAGCGGGGUCGAAAGCCGUCCAAAGAGGUAGACGAGGCAAUCCCAGAGCCGGAGGCAACUAAAACCAAUCUGGAAAAGCCCAAACGACGUGGACGCAAGCCAUCGGCAGAGAAUACAAAGGACAACGAAGCAACUACAGAAGAGCGACCUGUCACAGCGAAGCGCCGUGGACGGCCUCCAUCAGCGGAGAAGGAUGUGCCACAGAAGGCCAAAGCCCAAGAGGUUCUGGCAACCACCCAUCAUACAGAAGAGCGGCCUGUCACAGCGAAGCGACGUGGACGGUCUCCAUCAGCGGACAAGGAUGAGCUACAGAAGGCCAAAGCCCAUGAGAUUUUGGCACCUAUCAACGAAGAUCAAACAGAGAACUCUGAGCUAAAGAAGCCCGCAAAGCGAGGUCGCAAAUCGGCCGAAUUUAUCCCGGAGGAGCAUAAGGAGGUUCUGCCUGAGACAUCAAAGCGACGCGGACGUCCUCCAUCUGCAGAGAAGCAGGCCACAAAGGACGAUGCACCCCCGGAGCACCUGGCACCCAAUAAAGAAGAUCAACCAGCUGUGGCUGAACCAAUGAAGCCUCUAAAACGAACCCGCAAGGCCUCAGAGCCUUUGAAACCUGAGGAGGCCAGCCAGCCAACAGCCACUAAAGAGGAUCAGCCAGAUGCUGCACAGGCAGAGAGGCCCAAGCGACGUGGACGCAAGCCAUCUGUAGACGUUGAACUGGCAGCUCCGGAUGUCCUCGAGAAGCCCAGGGCACGACGAGGGCAAAAAGCAGACAAAGAACCAGCAGCAAAGAAGCGCAUGGCAUCGGUGGAGCGUGUGGACCCACACCUGGAGGAAAUCCCUGAGGAAGACGAGCGAGAGCCAGAGCCAAAGAAGUUGAUGCUGGAGGGGGAGCAGGAGGAGCACAAAACGCGUCGACGUGGACGCAAACCCACAGCCAAGACGGUGGAUAUCCCAGAGGAGCCUGUGGAGGCAAGCAGCUCUCGGCGACGCGGCCGCAAGGCGUCCGAGGAAGAAGCUACGGACGAGCCCAAGCCAAAGCGUCACAGCGCAGAAGGUGCACCACUGGUGGCUCCUCUUCCCGAGGUCAUCCCGGAAGCAGCAACAGCACCAAAGCCAGCACGACGAGGUCGCAAGCCAAGCGUAGAUGUGGAUGUGGCUGUGACAGAGAAGAAACUGCCAGCCCGAGCUGUCCGGAAACCAUCAGCGAGUGUCGACGAGGGGACACCGCAAACCAAAAAGACAACGGCGCGACGAGGACACAAGGCCUCCGCCCAGGAAGAAGUCAUCGAUCCGCAACUCAAUAUGCACACUGAAGAUGUGCCCACAGAAAUCGUGACUGUAAGUGCGUUGGUCUCUGCAGAGAAGGCCAACGAUGGGGCACACUCCUCGCCCUCCCACACCGAGGAUGAGCUGACACCACGACGACGCGAGGGACGCAAUAUUCCCCGAAAGAACUACACAGAAGUGGCCGACGAUGACAAGCCCAGCCCUGGAUCACGACGCAACCGCAAGCCGGUGACCAGUGGCAAGUCGGCGGCACCCAAGACGCCCGAUGUGGAGGCUCCAACAACGCCAACACCCAUCCAGAAGGGUCAACUUAUCGAAGAGCAAGCCCCAGCAACCCCGGCCACCCCAGAGAUCAACACGGUGACCUUGCCUGAUCCCACAACGUCGCAAAGGCGUGAGGGACGCAAUCUGCCGCGGAAGAACUACACAGAAGCCCCCGAUGAUGACAAGCCAACUCCGUCCCGCAGCCGACGCCAGAGGAAUCCGACAGUCAAGGCCCUGGAGCUAAUUGUGGACACCACGCCCAGACCAGCUACACCCAGGCGACGCAAGGGUAAGCCAGUCGUUGGGGAGACGCACGAGGAGGCGCCUCCAGUGAAGGAGUCCCCAGAAGCUGCAGUGGAGACACCAGCGAUGGCAACGGCCGCCUCUGCCAAAGGACGGGGCACCCGUCGCGAGGCCGAGGAAGUGACUCAAGCAGAAUCUACAGAGGUGGAGGAGGCCGAGCCCGAGACAAAGCCAACAGCCAGAAAGAAUGCGCGCGGCAACGCACGCAAAGCCAAAGUCGGGACUGAGUCAGACCCAGAUGCCCAGCCGGCCACCAAGAAAGCACGUGGCGGAGCCCGCGCUAAGACCCCAGUGGUGAUUGUCUCCGACGACGAGCCAGAACCUGCACAGGAGCAUGUGGUGCCUGUGGCCGCCAAGAAACCAGCCGCCCGUGGACGCGCACGAGCUGCCAAGGCAGCCCCAGUUGUUGAAUCAGUGGCAGAGCAGGAGACUCUAUCAUCGAAAGCCGCUGGCCCGUCAGCUCCGGCAGCACGCGGUGGCCGUGCCAAGAAGGUGCACUUCGAGGCCACUCUGCCCGUGGCAGAGUCCGCACCCAGCACCGACGAGGCGCCCAAGAGAGCCACACGCUCCCGACGCAAAUAAAGAACUGGUUUUAAUUUGCCAUCUUGCAUUUCGCCCAAUUGUUUUAUAUAUAAAUAUUCUCUAUCGUACAAUAUUUGUUAUGCUUUCACACACAUUUUAAACUUCUGUAUAAUAGAAAAUUGCAUCUACCGACAACUCGAUGCAUGAUUAUCUUUAAGCUCUAACAUAAAUACCACGUACAUACAUACAUAUAUAUCCCUGUCAGCCCCGCAAAAAGUUACCAUUCCCUCGCUCAGAAAUGUAAAACCUUUAUACAAUUAAGCAUAACAUAAACAAUACACAAAUAUGCAUAUAAAUAUAUAUAUAUAUAGUAAGACAUCCCCCAAAUAAUAAACAC